GGGGGAAGGGGCAGCACCGCCGCCUCCGCGGUGAAACCCGAGCGGCCGCCGGGGGCGGGGCGGGCGCUGCGUGUGGAAAGUGCCGCGGCGCAGGCGCGGCCCGCGCUGCCGCCGCGGCCUGUGGGGAACAAAGGGAGCGCGGCCGGGCCCGGAGCCGAAUUACAAAUAUAAUGUCAGGUGGCUGAAAAUUUGCCUAUCAAAAUGUCAAAAAGGCCAUCUUACGCCCCACCUCCUACCCCAGCUCCCGCAACCCAAAUGCCCAGCACACCAGGGUUUGUGGGAUACAAUCCAUACAGCCAUCUGGCCUACAACAACUACAGGCUGGGAGGGAACCCGGGCACCAACAGCCGGGUCACGGUAGGAGAAUCAACUAUUACAUCAUCCGGCAAACAACAGGAAUUGACCAGAAAUGGCUUUAGAGCUUCCUCUGGUAUUACCAUUCCAAAGCCCCCCAAACCCCCAGACAAGCCUCUGAUGCCCUACAUGAGGUACAGCCGGAAGGUCUGGGACCAAGUGAAGGCGUCCAAUCCUGAUUUGAAGUUAUGGGAAAUUGGCAAGAUUAUUGGAGGAAUGUGGCGAGAUCUCACUGAUGAAGAGAAGCAAGAGUAUUUGAAUGAAUAUGAAGCCGAAAAGAUAGAGUACAAUGAGUCCAUGAAGGCCUACCAUAACUCUCCUGCAUACCUUGCCUACAUCAAUGCAAAAAGCCGUGCUGAGGCUGCAUUAGAAGAAGAAAGCCGACAAAGGCAGUCACGCAUGGAGAAAGGUGAACCUUACAUGAGUAUACAGCCAGCAGAAGAUCCAGAUGAUUAUGACGAUGGAUUUUCUAUGAAGCACACAGCUACGGCUCGUUUUCAAAGAAACCAUCGUCUCAUCAGUGAGAUACUGAGUGAAAGUGUGGUGCCCGAUGUCCGCUCUGUUGUCACUACAGCUAGAAUGCAAGUUCUUAAACGUCAGGUUCAAUCUUUAAUGGUUCAUCAGCGUAAACUGGAAGCUGAGCUUCUGCAGAUUGAAGAGCGUCACCAAGAGAAGAAGAGGAAGUUCUUGGAAAGCACAGAAUCCUUUAAUAAUGAGCUAAAAAGGCUAUGCAGUUUGAAGGUGGAAGUGGAUAUGGAAAAAAUUGCAGCUGAAAUAGCUCAAGCUGAGGAACAGGCUCGCAAGAGGCAGGAGGAAAGGGAAAAAGAAGCAGCUGAGCAAGCUGAGCGCAGUCAAAAUAACAUAGCAGCUGAGGAAGAACAGGCAGCUAACAAGAUGGAGGAGAAGAAAGAAGAGGAGAAUACUCCCAUGGAGACAGAAGAGCCUCACCCAGAAGAGAGCACAGAAAACCAGCAGAAUGGUGAAGAAGGAACAUCUACCCCAGAUGAUAAGGAGAGUGGCCAAGAAGGGGUCGAUAGCACUGCCGAGGAAGGAACCAGUGAUAGUAACACUGGUUCAGAGAGCAAUAGUGCGACAGUUGAAGAGCCUCCUGCAGACCCUAUCACUGAGGAUAGCGAGAAGAAAGAAUAAAUGUUGACUUAUUUCAUGUGUCUCUUUUUAAUGAAGUACUGUUUUGAGUUCAAAAUGUGCUAUACGGUUUUGUAUCUUCCUUGCCUGUAUCAUUUUUCUCCAAAGGAUUUUUUUUAUUAACAUGUCAGCUAUCAGCAUAGUGACUUAAGACAUACUUUGCCCCUAAAGGCCCCUUUAAAACAGACAGAAAAGAAAACAUCUCACUCUUAAACACAGCUCUACAAUAUGGAGAGAUAUUAUUUGGGAUUUCUUCCUCUCAGAGAUUUGUGUUGGUUUUUACAUUAGAAAUCAGGUGCUCUCACUGUUUUCUAAUUCCAUGGUCUCAGAGAAAAUGUACUUUUUCUCCAGGGCCUGUUUUGUUCAUCAGUAGCUGAAGUGAGAUGCACAUAUUAACACUGCUUGUGUGUGUAUCGCCACUCUACAUCACUUGUCCUGAAUUAGCUUUACUGAUGGACUGACUUGUUUCCCACACAUCUCCUUGCUCCAAUCCAUCAUGUUGGUUGAUGUAAGGGAACAUUACAUUUGCAUCCAGGAAGUUGGUAAUAUGGUCAUAGAGGCCGAUGACAGGACAAUUGAGAAACAUUCUGCUUAUAGUACCUGCUUUCUAGUUAGUGAAGUUCUAACCUAACACAUCUUCUAGUUGUCGUUAAUAUUGACCAAAGUCACAUAACCCCUUUACCUCUGGGUAUAAUCUAGAGCGUUUCCUUGAUUCAACAACAAAAAAGAAAUGCCAUAGCAGUAUAGUAUGUGUUAUCACUGCUGUUUCAGUUCUUGACAGCUAGGAUGUCUGGUGCAGCUGCCCUGUUCUUCUCUCUCCACUUUUGAGGAAAGUUUUCAGUAUGUGAGUAGUGCUCCCAAAUAAGGCUGAAGGACUUGGUCUUUUUUUUUCUUUUCUGUGUAAUCUCUUUCAUGCAAGAGCUAUUUUAGAGCCAAGGAAGUUUGCUCAUGUUCUGCACACAACUUUUCAGGAGGUACAUUUCCAAGUCUAAGAGCACAGUCUUCUUGAAAUAACUGACUAUGUUAUGUCUUACGAUUUUUUCCUAUGAUGGAAAAUUCUUUCCAACAACAGUCUUUGCUUUUCUUCACCGUUUAACUCUCUUAUUUGCUAUUGCGGUCUCAUGGUAUAACCUCAGCCAAAGAUACAGCAAAAUACAAAGCAGGAGAGCGUUUAGAGCUUUUAUCUCUGAGCUCGCAGUCAUGAAUGCAGUACAAACAGUGAAUAAAAAAAAUAGUGGUUUUGCUUGCCAUGAGCUUUUAAAACUUCUGGCAACUCUACAAAACUACUGAAAAUGCCACAUUGUGCCCUGUAUAAACAGAAGCCCUAUCUGAAGAAAAAAUGUUCUAAUUACAAAAACAGAUACAAGCCGUUUCAUGACUCCAACUAUAAAAGAACACAUGAUGCAUAUACUUCAAUAAACUAGUAUGUUUUUACUGAAUAGUGGGUAUAUCAGAUGGUAAUGUUUUUUUAAAACCUUUUUUUUUAAUGGUCUAAAAAUAAUAAAAUCCAAUGUUUGAGUUUUUUUAAACUUA